AAUCAAAUGCUAAUUCAAUCAUAAAUGUCACUUUGGAACAUUCCCGUCCAGAAUUGGGAUAAUUCAAUCAAGAAGAAGCGCUUUCGUUUAUAAUUUUCUCUCUCCAUAUGACGGAUUAGGGGGAUUAUUCUCUCAACAUUUAAAUUAUGGCCUUGAAUUUUCUUUCCUUGCUGCAUUUCACGCUUGUUAUUGCUAUCGCACAGGCCAGAACACUGUUUCUUGAGGACGUGACCGGGGCCUAUGUAGCAUUUCAAACAUGGAAUCCAUGCUCAAAUGGAUCGUUGGAAUUCGAAUUUAAGACUACAGAGAAGAUAGGUCUGCUUAUGUACACCCAGACUUCUGGAAGAGAUUUUAUCGAAUUAACAAUACAAGAUGGCAAACUUGUUUUCAAAAUUUUUCUAGAAUCAUUUACCAGCUUUCCGUAUACUGUUAAAGAUGAUCGUACGAUAACCGAUAACCGAUUUCAUAAGAUCAAUAUUCUCUUCGCUCGAAAUCAUCUUCUUUUCAAAGUGGAUGAUAGAUCAAUUCAGGUGCUGAAAGUUGAAUCGCCAUCUGAAGUUCAUCCUUCUUCCAAAUUCAAUAGAGUCUACUUUGGUGGCUUACCGAGCAGCUUCGAAUUAAAAUUGUACAAAUUAGCCAACAUUGCCUCCUUCUUUGCGGACAAGUUAAAAGGAACUAUUAAGAAUAUAUUCUUUUCCCAGUGUGGCAGAUUGAAACGAGCUCCGAAGAUAACUGGAAAACACGCAGCGAAAGAAGAUGAGAAAGAUUUCUGUCUUGUACACAAUCCCUGCAAAAACGGGGGAAGAUGCUAUUCAAUGGAUAAUUCAUCACUUUGCGAAUGCAAAUCAACUCGAUAUACAGGAAAAUCUUGCGAAAUAGGUAGGCGAUAA